CGAAUUAGAAAGCUUCCGUGUUACAUCAGUGACAAUGAGCGUUCAUCAAGACCGACUAAACGCUGCUUUUUUAAAAGCAUGCGAGGUUCAUAGUAUAGAUUCUUUAAAAGACGUCCAAGAGUUUUGUUUGAGGUACUUAGUGGAGUCUAAAAGAGAUGUUUUAACGUGUUUGCCGACUGGAUAUGGCAAAAGUCUUUUCUUUCAAGCCUGGCCGACCGUCUCCCAGAAUUUGGAGGGGUACCAAGGAGAUCCAAUUUUGCUUGUUGUCCUUUGUUAGAAGGAUUUUCAUAGGUCUCUUUACACUUCUUGUCUGCUGCAGUUUCUUUGACGAGCUCUCUGUAACAGUUUCGCAACUUACAGUAUUCGGUACAGUUGCAGACGAAGUGUUUGCAUCAGAUGGUGGUGGAUCAAACAACUCACGUCUCGCAGAGCUGCUGCAUUCGGAAUCGGUAAAUCGCUUCUUCGGUUCUUGUGUAGGAGUCGAUGGUGCGCACCGUUUCUCUCUUGUUUUAUUGCACAUGUCACUUACAAGCAAUUUCAGUCGUACUACCUCUUUUGAAACGCUGCUGUACCUCAUCAAUAAACUCCGACAAGAUGUGCAAAUCGCCAAGCUUGUGUCGUGGAUCUUGCCAACAAACUCCUCCAACACGACCGUAAAUUCAGCUUUGUCAAGAGAGUCAUGUCCACGAAAUAAUCGGUGUUUAUUAGUUUUAGAAACUUUGAAAUUAUCUAAACAAAGUCUACAUAUGGUUCCUACCGAUUUCUUAGGUGUUUUGCUAGCCGGUGCUCUAGGAGACUGAAGCGCCAUUGUAAAAGUAAAUUUGGAGACGAUCGUGAAUGAAUGAUUUACUAGUUGCACAUCGGUCUGUUAUUGUGGGGACAUUUCUACGACUCUAAACAUGACGCAGCACAAAACUAUACUGGAUUGGUAGCUUCACCUGUCAGUCAUAUUGUCUUUUGGGCGGGCCUUGACCAAUAAAAGCGGCCAAAGUUACCUACGCGAGACUAGGUGGAGCAUAGUUUUGUAUAACUGUAAGUUUAAUUUUCACUUUAAACAACUUCUUUAGUAUUGUAGUUUUUAAAUAUGUGAUAGUUAGCGCAAAGACGCUCUCUGUUUAUAAUUCAAAUAGACUUCCGUUACACUGCCUAUCUGUUUCUCUGGGCUGCCUUCGUGCACAGACGCUGCCUUCGAAGUCAUGGCCGUCUGCUAUUUGUAAGCAAACGCUGCCAGCGGUUUUUUUUUACUAAAAAAAGCGCCUUUGACAACUUUUUCUUGUCAAAAAAGAAGUCAAUUCUGAACACGGCCUUACCUUUCAUAAUACAAAGUACCAUGCAUUGACAUGAAUGCAAGUAUGAGAGUAUGGAUGACACGACAUAUGACAGCAGUGAGGAGGGGUGUUUGAGGGGUGUAAAAUAAGUGUUUAAUAUCAAAUCAAAUUUGAUCAAAUCAUUGUGUUGUGUAUUUCUUAUGAUUUGUUAAACAAACAGAAAAAAUAUAAUUAAAGGGGACAUUUCACGAAAAUACGAUUUUUUCUGUGUUUGAGUGCUAUAAUCAGUUCCCCGGUGCAUCUACCAACCAAGAAAACGUGAAAAAGUACAAUCCAGUCAUUUUGCUUUGUUACGCCUUUCUCUGAAAGCAUGAGAAAAAAACCAGCGCUUCAGAUAACGCACUUCUUCUGACGUAGGAGAAUGAUGUUAUUGUAAUAUCACCGCCCCUUUUAUUCUGCUCGGUUCCACCCAUGGCGCGCCAUUGUGGUUUUGCAAGCGACACGAGUGUAUCUGUAAUAACGCAAUGGCGAAAGUUCGUGCUAAGUGUUCUGUUGAUGGGUGCACAGACCAGCACAGAUCAUUAUUUAGAGUCACAGCCUCCGAGAAGUCGCGAGAGCAGUGGAUUCUUUUUAUUUUUAAUGGGAAUCCUCCGGAAAGAGUUAGCAAAAACCUGUUUGUGUGCGCGAAUCACUUCAAGCCGGAGUGCUUUGUCAACCUUGGCCAGUACAAAGCAGGAUUUGCUACAAAAUUGUUCCUGAAAGAGGGAGCGACACCAACUGAAGGAGCCAAAGCUUCAGAUGAGGAAAAUACAAGCACAUCUGCGCAAUUUGCUGUUAAGGCCUGCCAAACGGAUAAACCUACCCGUUCAUAUGGCACACAGCUCUCUAUGAAGACUCUCGCUCCUCCUUUCAGAAGCACAGGAGUACAGACCGACACUGAGUACUGCACCGAUGUUAGCGUUGGCACCUCUGCAGUCAGAUCUUCACGAUUAUUUACAUCAACUCCACACAAAAGACCCCGCUUGGAACUGGAGGAGGAAGAGGAAGAAGAUGAGUUUGACCCUGUGGAAGGUGACUUAUCUGUGAUCGUUGAAGAGCCACGUGAUGUCACACAUGAUCCUCUACAAUCUGUUACUUUGACCGAAUCCACAGAUGUGACAAUGGAAUCUUCCAUCCCCAUCCACAAGACAUCAACAUGCAUAGUGUAUGAGAACUGCCUAAUGGAGCUAUUUGAGGUGUGCCCAAAGUGUGAACGACAUUCAAGCCCGAAGACAAGAACCAUGGGCACAUUCUUAAGAGUGGAGCAGAACUGCCCACAUUGCGAGUUCUCCAGGACAUGGAACAGUCAACCCAUUAUUGGGUCUACUCCUGCCGGAAAUAUUCAACUCACUGCAGCAGUUUAUAUUUCAGGUGCCUCUUUCUUCAAACUUGAAAAGAUCUUCCAUGCAAUAAAACUAAAGCUGUUCAAGUACACCACCUUUCGAAGACUUGCCCGGAGAUUCAUUGAGCCUGCCAUUGUACACAGGUGGAAAACUACGCAGGAUGCCACAUUGCAGCAGCUUGGUCAACAACAGAAUGUCAUCCUAGGUGGUGAUAUGAGGGCUGAUUCACCAGGUCAUUCUGCCAGGUAUGGCAGCUAUACAAUGAUGGACCUGCGGAACAACAUGAUUGUUGAUCUUCAACUGGUUCAGAGCAAUGAAGUUGGUGGGAGUUACCAUAUGGAAAUGGAGGGGCUAAAGAGGAGCCUUGUGCUUUUGGAGGAACGUGGUGUUACUCUGGAUAGUAUUGUGACAGAUCGUCAUCCGCAAAUUCAGAAAUUCCUGAAGGAGAGUAGGAUCAAGCACUACUUCGAUGUUUGGCAUAUUGAAAAGGGACUGUCCAAAAAAUUGGUCCUGAUGUCAAAGAACAAGGACUGUGAUGUACUGAAGAAGUGGCUUCACAGUGUAAAAAACCACAUGUACUGGACAGCAGCUUCAUCUACAUCAGGGCCAGAGAGGGUGGCAAAGUGGACAUCUAUACUAAAUCAUAUCCGUGAUGUCCACAUCCACAAAAACCCUGCUUUCCCCCAGUGUUUGCAUGCACCACUAACAUCAGGGAGAAAAAAGAAAUGGUUGAAAGCAGGAACAAAGGCAUUCUGCAAAUUGGAGAAAGCCUUGACCAAUAAGAGACUUUUAAAAGAUGUGGAGAAGAUGAGCCCUCAACACCAGACCUCGUCGCUGGAGGCUUUUCACAGCGUAAUCUUACGUUUUGCACCCAAGAAUGUGGUCUUUCCUUUUCUUGGAACGCUGUGCAGACUCUACCUCGCUGUCAUGCACUUCAAUGAAAAUGCUGGGCGUCCACAAGCAAAAUCAUCAACUGGUGAGCUACUAUACGAAGUAAACUUUCCCAAGUCCAAGAAGGGGGAAUGUACUGUGAAGCCAGUGAAAGUAGAUCCAACAUACGCUUAUGUUAGUGAACUGAUGGACCUCAUCUUUGAGAAGGUCUUUGAGGACCCUGUUCCAUUUGAGGCAGAGGUGCGGAGGAUCCCCAUCCCUGACUAUCUCUCUGCCCAAUUUGAAAAGCCGGACAAGAUGGAAGUGAUAGCCAGCUAUGUGUCCCGGUUUAAUCAAGGGCUGAUCUGAAUCCAGCAUACACUCCCUGAGCGUCAGGGAAUUCCCGCCGUAUACGUAGCACUACGAAUGAGGGAAUGACCACUCUGAUUCGCCGGCCCAGGAAGCCCCAAGCCCAGCUUACAAAGCUUCUGUACGCCAUGUAUCUGUAACGGCUGAACAGAUAAAAUCAGAACAGAUUUUUUGUUGGAUCUACUUUUUGAAAUGUAAAAAUAUUGUGUUGUGUAUAUAAUACUUGCUAUAUGUCUUCCAGACAAAUAAAUUUACUUUAUUAAUAAA